AUGUCCUUGGUGCAGACGACACCUUCAGCUACGAUACGCGUCGCCACCAACGAAGACCGGGAAGCAGCGAUAAAUGUCCUGACACGAGCUUUCCUGAACGAUCAUGCCAUGAACUGGUGGGGCUGUGUUAAGAAACAAAACGCGGUCAUCGACAUCGAUUCCCCAAUUCCUGGAGUGCAGCGGACAAUAAGGGACCUCCAGCGCUUUCAGAAGUGUUUGGUAACAGUGGUGAUGUUGAUAGGCGGGGUUAUUACCCUCGCUGUAGUGCCGCAAAGAGACGGAGGAGAGAAAGUCGUUGGGGUAACAUCCGUGCUGAGAGGCUGGGGAUUUCGAGGCCUCAAGCGCUUUGUUCUUGACUUCGUUCCCCCUGUUGAGAAAGCACUUUCGAAAGCCUUCAAGGCGCGGAAUCUGGACCGGCUUGAUUCUUGGUAUCUGCUUGAGAUCGUGGUAGACCCUGACUGGCAAGGAAAAGGCGUAUCUUCACUCCUCCUGAAGGACUGCUUUUCUCGUGCCAACCAUAAACCCAUUCAUUUGGAAGCUUCAAGCUCAAAAAGUCGGGAUGUAUACAAGCAUCUGGGUUUUGAAGUCGACGAAGAAUGUCUAUUUGGGAAGGGUCAAGUAGAUUGCCACGGGGUGUCUGCCAAAGGUGCCGAAGCGACAGGUAUCUCUGAAUGGAUCAUGACGAAGUGGGAAACGUGA